GUUCGAUUUUCAGCAACCUUGAAUAAGUGAGCAUUUUGUGAAUCGCUGGGGUAUGUGACUGUUUGUUAGGUUGUAUUUUGGUGGUUCUCUGAAGUUCACAAGUUUGUGUCGAAUUUUCGCAAUCAGGAAGAUAAAUACUGUGCCCUUAUUGAUAUGGUUUAGUGCGGAUCGCGGUGCCAUUAUCUCAGCAUGUCCACCCUGGACUCGAGCGGCUCCUCGGGCUACCAGCACCCGGCGCACGCGCGGCCGGCGCCGCCCGCCGGUCCGCCCUGGUACAGCUCCGGACCGCCGCCGACGCCGCCGUCACCGGUGCCCAGCAUGCCCUACUCUGGUCUGAUCCCCCGGCGCGUGUGCCUCACGUGGUCCGCGCCGGUGGCAGCGCCGGUCCGCCGCCGCCGGCCGCGCCGCCGCCGCCGCCGCCCGCCAGCAGCAGUCCACAGUCACAGCCACGCGGCCGCCGCGCAGGAGGCCGUCCUCUGGCCCUACCGGGGCCACUGUGCCAGCUUCCACAACUUCUGCUACUACUUCUUACAAAUCUUCUUCAUCGGCGCUGCCAUGUCGGGCGUGGCUCUGGUGCUCGCCGACGCGUUUUUUCCGACAGCGCUGGCCUCACGUGCACGGUCUUCUCUUCAUCGGCGUACUUCUCGUCUUCGUCUCCGCCGUGAUGCUAUUCGUGCUGUGUCAGCGCGGCGCGGGGGUGCGCGGCGCCGCGGAGAAUCAUGUCGCCAAGGAGGGCGGCGCGCGCGUGCCGGAGGCGAUACCUCUCCGCGACGUGCCGGCGGUGUACGUGCAGCCGGGCCUGGCGACACUGCGGAGGCAGCAGCCGGGCGGAGGAGUGCCCGUACAGGAGCCGUACGCCGAGAGCGAGUACAGUCACCCGUGGGAUCAGGUGACCGGCAUCAGCAGCAGACCUGAUAUGAGUGAGGUCUGCUCGAUGGGAACCCUCAACAGCCGAGGGCGGCCGCCCGGACCCCGGCACUGGCAAUGACGUCAUACUCACACGGUACAGUGACGGCGUAUGUACAGGGCACAGUGACGUCACACAGGCGGCCUGUGACGUCACACGGACGGCACACAAUGCACCGGACCGUGGACGUCAUUCUUGUCAGGCACAGCGCUGUGACGUAAUACGUACGGCACCGUGACGUCAUAGAUGGUUUACGUGACGUCAUAUCGGCCAGUUACACUGUGCGGCGCCCUCCCUCUCUCCUCAGAAGGGUUCCGUUCUAUUGCCAUCGGGGCUCUGCAGCCAUUGGGAGGGCUGAACGGCCAUAUUCGAGAUCUGCAACUGACGCGGGGUCGUCGGAAGGGUCACUCGGAUCUGAUGAGCUUUAUACGGGAGGCGUGAGCGAGCUUUUCUCAGAUAUUUAUGUGGAUUUAUUUGGUGGCACGUGCCGUAUUUAUGCCGUUGUUCCUUGCUGUGUUGUCGAAGAGCGUUUUAUACGUAAAACGUCUCUGCCAAAAGGGUGUUUUCUGUGUAUUUUGUUGUGACAUCAUGUAUGAAUGAUUCGUCGGGUAUUGUAUUCGAUGCGUUUGCACGGAGGUGUUUGUGGUGUAUUCAGUGUUGCGCGAUUGUCUCCUAGGUUCACGUCAGUCCCGGUUAUAUUUGUGUUGGGACGUCGGCCGCUGAGCUCGCUCCGCGAUCUGUGGGGAAGGGAAGGGGGCACUGCGGGCCUGCGUCCCUUAAGCUGCUCACGUAGCUUGUUCAGGCCAGUAUGAUCAUCUCUUCAGCUUGGACGUGACUGGACCCGGGACUGUGGCCGUGUGCAAUGUCCCGCUCGACUGUCUCGAUUGACAAUUUCUUUAGGUGUAUGCUGGGUGUAGCGGGUCGCGGCACACUUGUGGGUGCAGCCAGUGGGUGCAAGGGAGUGCCGAUAUGCCUCCAUAACACCGACAUGGGUUAAAAGUGGGGGUUUUCGUGUCAAUUAGGUAUUGCACAAGGCACAAAUCUGUAACCACCGCAGUUGAAAGCACUGCACAUUUCUUACCGCUGGCUGUUUUUGUCGAAAUGUUCGCGAAACUGUGCUUCACGAGGUACUCACAAAUGUUAUCGAUUGAAGCUUGGGACAUUGCACAAUAGCGGGCUUAUGAGCGUAUUUGUGUUGAAUCAUAUCAAAACGGUGUUCUCUGAGGUUCUGCGCGUUUUGUAGCGGUGUGUGAACGUGCUAUGUGUUCGCUUGUGUCUCUUGCCGCGGCGGAUCUCGUUAGCGCUGAAUUGUCGGCAGAAUGUCGACGAAUUCGGCGCGUCUUGCCAACCAGUGCCGCUUGGCUUGACCUGUUCCUAAUGCUAGGUACGUAUGUGCGCGAGUAAUCGCUUUGGAGUUUGUGUGUGGAAUGCUAGGGUCACAUAUGUAUGAAUGUGUGUAUUUAAACUGGAUUAUAAUGCAGUAAUAAACGGAAUAUUUUAUCAAA